AAAAACCCAAGAACUCGGAAACCGACGCUUCCGUUGUCCGUUUUCUCAAGCCAUUAAACGAUCCCCCCAACCACCAUUCCCGACGCUCUCUCUUUCCACGUCCAUCCUGCCCCUAGAUCUCUCUCCGUUUCUCUCUCUUUGUGUCUGUUGCUAUGGCGGUGGUCUCGGAGAGCGGGAAGAGGAUCGAGGUGUCCGAACCGAAGGACCCGUCCCCUUCCGGAUUGGCCGCUGACGCGGCAUCUGAAUCCUUAUUGAUCGCUCGGUCCUCUUUCUCCGCCGAUACACCCGAUCGUAACGACUCUUCCAAUUCUUCUCCAAAUCCUUACAAAGAUGCCGAAGCUCAGUCUCCAGCACUAUUGAGGAGUGAAGAGUAUCGACAGUUGUUUCGUCUUCCCCCCGAUGAAGUCCUUGUGGAAGAUUUUAAUUGUGCUUUACAGGAGAACAUACUUAUUCAGGGUCAUAUGUACCUGUUUGUUCAUCAUAUUUGCUUUUACUCAAACAUAUUUGGAUUUGAGACAAAGAAAAUAAUCCCUUUCCAUGAAGUCACUAGCGUACGAAGGGCGAAGACUGCAGGGAUCUUCCCUAAUGCCAUAGAAAUUGUUACUGGAAGCAAAAAGUAUCAGCUGCAAUGUCUUAAUCCAGUUAUUAUUUGGCAGAACUUCUUUGCAUCUUUUCUGUCGCGUGAUGAAGCUUUCAAGAUCAUACAUGAUGGAUGGUUGAAUCAUAGCAAUGGUGCCAAAGGAGCUACAGAACAGCAGGAAUCAGCAUCUGAAUCAAGCAGCCAGGAGAAUGGAGGGGUUCUAACUGAAAGGGUCAAGAGAUUUGAAAGCCCAGCCCAUGAAUCAGACUCUCCUGACAGGAAUAAGGAUCCUCCUGUAUUAAAUGAUUCACUGCCUAUCAAUGUUGAAGAUGAAACGGUAACAGCAACAACUUCAGAGCAGCAAGAUAAUGUAGGUGAUGCUGAACCAGUUCUAAAUGCCGAACCUUCAUCUUCAGAACAGACUUUGAUAUGGAAGCACGAGAAUAUUGCUGCCCCCAAGAUACCAGAAUUUUAUACAAAGGUUGCAGAAUCAAAGUUUCCGAUAAAAGUAGAGGACUUCUUUAAUAUCUUUUUCACAGAUGAUGCUUUUAGCUUCACCGAAUCAUUUCAUAAAAGAUGCGGAGAUAAAGAUUUUCGGAGCAGCUCUUGGUAUCCUCAUGACAAAUAUGGGCAUGCCCGUGAUGUGUCCUUUCAACAUCCGAUAAAAAUAUAUUUUGGUGCAAAGUUUGGUAGCUGCCAAGAGAUCCAGAAAUUUCGAGUUUAUAGAAACAGUCAUUUGGUCAUCGAGACAUCACAAGAAAUCAGUGACGUGCCCUAUUCAGAUUAUUUCCGUGUUGAGGGGCUUUGGGAUGUGGUGAGAGAUGCUGAUGGGUCGAAAGAAUGCUGCAUGUUGCGUAUAUAUGUCAAUGUGGCAUUUUCCAAAAAAACUGUAUUUAGAGGAAAAAUAGUGCAGUCUACUGUUGAAGAAUGUCGAGAGGCGUACUCAACCUGGAUAAGCAUGGCACAUGAAUUUUUGAAGCAGAAGAAUCUUGUAAACAAAGAAGAGGGAGGUAUUGCUGAUAGCAUGAUUCAGAAUGGUGAAGGUCACUUCAAGGGUGAAGUGAGGACAGGAGCAUCUUCUGAAAGGUCAUUUGAGUCAAGUGAACAUAUGAGAAUGCAGCAGAUAUCUGAACCCACGGUUGCAAACCAGCAAGUUGGAAAUCUCUUGCAAGGAAAUUUCGUUGAUGCUACAUCCCUGGCCUCUUGGCUAAGAGAAUUUAUACUGAAGUUAGGAUCCUUGAAAAGCCAAAACCAUAUUUCAGUACUUGCGGUCAUCAUUUUUGCUGUAGUUUUCUUGAUGCAGUUGAGCAUUCUUGUGCUAUUAGCUAGGCCCCAACACAUUCAUGUGAACCCCCAAGCUGACUACAUGAAUAGCAUGGGCGGUGGAGUGGGUGGAAGAUCCUCUGAAGCAAUGGCUUGGAUGGAAAAGCGAAUUCACCACCUUAAAGAUGAGAUGUACAUGGUCGAGUCCCGGCUUGAGAGGAUGCGACAUGAGCAUGCACUACUGAAAGCAGAACUGAAAGACCUUGAGCACCGUAGUAAGCAAAGAUAGUCCUUUGUAUAUCCUUAUCAGGGUAAAUUUAAUUUUCCUUCUCUUAUUUUGUAACUUUAAAAAAAAAAAUGUACUAGUUUCUUUGUUACUACAAGUGAUAUCAUCGGGAUAAAAGCGAUAUGCAGAUUGAGCCAAUGACUAAAGAUCCACCUGUACUAAUACAUUCUUAUACGUUAAUCUACUUUUGAGGGGAGCUUCCACAAA